AUGGUUCUUCCUGCACCUGCUUACCCAGUCUUGGGUGUUGUCUACCUUGCGCGCAAUAUCUCACAGCUCGGCCCCCAGUUUAUCCGUUCAAUUUGCUGGGCAUUAGGGGUGGCGAUCUCGACGAUCACGCCCUUGGUGGCAUUGACAUUCAAAUAUCAGAACCGGAUGAUCACCAGCAUCAUCGAUACUACACUCCCUCGUCUGGCAAAAGUCAAGAUUUUGGGCAUUGGGAUCCAGACUUGGUCCACCAUGUUCCUCACCAUGGGCGAGUCCUCCCUUUUGGUAUCGAUCAUUAUGGGUGAAGUCUUUAAGAAAGAAAAGACAAAGGGGCUUUUCCAGAGUGUCCUUACUAAAGACAGCGUCCAAAUCGGACCCCUUGCCAAGAUCACAGACAAUGGAAUGAUCAAGGUAUCGUCAACAGAGGAUCGUAUCCAACAACAGCGCCAGCAACAUCAUAAGGUCUGGGACAAGGCAUCAUCAUCAUCUUCACAUUAUGGGCAGCGGAUGGGGCUCUGGUUGGUUACAUUGCCUCUCAACUUCAUUCCUGUGGCAGGACCGAUAGCGUUCUGUUAUAUCAAUGGCAAAGCUCGGAGUCAUUAUGUUCAUCGUCGAUAUUUUGAUAUGAAGGAGAUGACAGCGCAGGAGCGUGAAGAAUGGAUCAAGACUCGCAAGUCCCAGUACACAACAUUUGGUAUUAUUGCACAAGGAUUAGAGUUGCUUCCAUUCAUUGGCAUCCUUUUUGGAUUCACCAACACUAUAGGUGCGGCAUUGUGGGCUGCUGAUCUGGAAAGGCAACAGUACGAACUGAGAAACAAGAAGUUGCGCCAGAAGGCUACUGCUGAAGCCGGUGACAAUGGUCCUUCUGUUUAA